GUGUAAAUGCAAAUUAAAAUGCAUUCAAAGAACAAAAACCUAGUGAAGUGAAAAGUCACAAGAAAAGCUACAGAGAAGGAAGACAACAAUGUCACCACCGACAACCUUUUUCUUUGUCAACAAACAUCUAACACGUGGCGUGUUCUUCUCUUCAUAGCGUUCACAUUAUACCUAAAUGGCUAAACAUGUUACUUAUAGCACCAUAGUUCUUCUUUUCCCUCUUCUUCUUCUUCCUCUUCCACUAACCACGUGACUCAAAACACAGACACAUGUGUAACAUAAACUAAACUAAGUUUGUGUUGUAUUGUAUUGCCAUUUUGAUUUACAUAAAGAAAAGUUCCUUUCUUUCCUUCUGGGUUUUCUUUUUUCUGUUCAUUCAUUCUGCCAAAAAGUUACCAUGAGAGCCACCAAAGUUUUGUUGCUUCUGUUUUGGUUCUUUCCAGCUAUGUUUUGCACCAAUGUGGACUAUGAUCAUAGAGCAUUGGUCAUAGAUGGCAAGCGCAGGGUUUUGAUUUCUGGUUCUAUUCAUUACCCUCGUAGUACUCCACAGAUGUGGCCAGACCUUAUUCAGAAAUCCAAAGGUGGAGGACUUGAUGUCAUUGAAACCUAUGUUUUCUGGAACUUACAUGAACCUGUUAAAGGCCAGUAUGAUUUUGAUGGUAGGAGGGAUUUGGUGAAAUUUGUGAAGACAGUGGCUGAAGCUGGUCUAUACGUGCAUCUUCGGAUCGGUCCAUACGCAUGUGCUGAAUGGAACUAUGGUGGUUUCCCUCUUUGGCUUCACUUCAUUCCAGGGAUUAAGUUCCGAACCGACAAUGAGCCAUUCAAGACAGAAAUGCAGCGAUUCACCGCUAAGAUUGUGGAUAUCAUGAAGCAAGAAAAACUAUAUGCAUCACAGGGAGGACCUAUAAUUUUAUCUCAGAUUGAAAAUGAGUAUGGAAAUAUUGAUUCAGCCUAUGGUUCUGCUGGUAAAUCCUACAUCAAGUGGGCAGCAAAUAUGGCUACGUCUCUUGAUACAGGCGUUCCUUGGGUCAUGUGUCAGCAAGGAGAUGCUCCUGAUCCAAUCAUUAAUACAUGCAAUGGAUUUUACUGUGAUCAAUUCACACCAAACUCUAAUACAAAGCCAAAAAUGUGGACUGAAAAUUGGAGUGGAUGGUUUCUUUCAUUUGGUGGCGCUGUUCCUUACAGGCCCGUGGAAGAUCUUGCAUUUGCUGUGGCACGCUUUUUCCAACGAGGUGGAACAUUUCAAAAUUACUAUAUGUACCAUGGAGGGACCAACUUUGGCCGAACUUCCGGAGGACCUUUCAUUGCUACAAGUUAUGACUAUGAUGCACCAAUCGACGAGUAUGGCAUUAUUCGGCAGCCAAAGUGGGGCCACCUUAAAGAUGUGCACAAGGCCAUAAAGCUUUGUGAAGAAGCAUUGAUAGCCACUGAUCCCAAGAUUUCAUCUCUUGGUCCAAACAUAGAGGUGGCAGUUUAUAAGACAGGGUCUGUAUGUGCUGCCUUCCUCGCCAACGUAGACACUAAAUCUGAUAAAACUGUAAAUUUUAGUGGCAAUUCAUAUCACUUGCCUGCAUGGUCUGUGAGCAUCUUACCUGAUUGCAAGAAUGUAGUUCUUAACACUGCAAAGAUUAAUUCUGCAUCUGCCAUUUCAAGCUUCGUAACCGAAUCUUCGAAAGAAGACAUUGCAUCUUUAGAAACUUCUAGUUCAAAAUGGAGUUGGACAAGUGAACCUGUUGGUAUUUCGAAGGAUGAUUCAUUGUCAAAAACUGGAUUACUCGAGCAAAUAAAUACCACGGCUGAUAAAAGUGACUACUUGUGGUAUUCGUUAAGCAUUGGUGUUACGGACGAUCCUGGUUCUCAAACUGUCCUUCAUAUUGAAUCACUUGGCCAUGCCCUUCAUGCUUUCAUAAACGGCAAGCUUGCUGGGAGUCAAGCAGGUAAAGCUAAGCUUAAUGUCGACUUCCCAAUCACACUAGUUGCUGGAGAGAACAAAAUUGAUCUGCUGAGUUUAACAGUGGGACUUCAGAAUUAUGGAGCUUUUUUUGACACGCGGGGAGCGGGGAUCACCGGUCCCGUGGUAUUGAAAGGAUUGAAGAAUGGCAACAACACUCUUGAUCUCUCGUCUCUGAAGUGGACAUAUCAGAUUGGCCUAAAAGGUGAAGAGUCAGGUCUGUCUAGUGGAAGUUCUGAAGUGUGGAAUUCACAGUCUACCUUCCCUAAGGACCAACCAUUGACUUGGUACAAGACAAACUUUGAAGCUCCAUCUGGAAGUAAUCCGGUUGCAAUUGAUUUCACGGGGAUGAGAAAAGGCGAGGCUUGGGUAAACGGACAAAGCAUUGGACGAUACUGGCCUACAUAUGUCUCUUCAAAUGCUGGUUGCACAGACUCGUGCAACUAUAGAGGACCUUAUACUUCAUCCAAAUGUCGCAAGAAUUGCGGAAAACCAUCGCAAACAUUAUACCAUGUACCACGCUCGUGGUUGAAACCAACCGGCAAUAUUCUUGUAUUGUUCGAGGAAAAAGGCGGUGAUCCAACACAGAUAUCCUUUGCUACAAAACAGCUACAAAGCUUGUGUGCACAUGUAUCUCAAUCUCACCCACCUCAAAUAGACUCGUGGAACUCCGAAACAGAAUCAGGAAGCAAAUCCGGUCCUGCACUAUUGCUCGAGUGUCCUGAUAACAAUCACGUAAUCUCUUCCAUCAAAUUUGCAAGCUACGGAACACCAAUAGGUACAUGCGGAAACUUCUACCACGGACGCUGCAGCAGCAAUAAGGCACUGUCAAUUGUACAGAAGGCUUGCAUUGGAUCAAGAAGUUGUAGUGUUGACGUAUCCACCGAUACAUUUGGAGACCCUUGUAGAGGAUUGACAAAGAGUUUAGCUGUUGAAGCUACUUGUGCAUAGACAUUCAUACAUACAUUUUGCUCUAAGAGCACUCUCUCCACAUUGUCUUCAACUUUUGGCUCAAAUUAGAAUUGUAUUCUAGGAACAUCUCAACAAUAUUUGUCAAUUGGAAUUGUUUAGUACCACUUGUAAUAAAAGAAACAAAAGUGUGGUCCAUAUGGUGAUGCAAGAUACGUGAUAAAAUGGUGUUUUGUUAUUGUUGUUGUAGUGAAAAGGAUGGUGAUGGUCCACAUUAUAAUACAAGUUGCAUUCAGUGUGAGAA